AUGUCGAGCCUCGACGAUCGCGCGCGGUACCUCGAGGCGUGGCAGGACGUGCUGCUCGCCAAGGAGCGGGCCGUGCAGGCCCGCGAGAUCGCCGUCCAGGCGCGCGAGCAGACCGUGAGCUCGCGCGAGGCCGCCGUGCAGCUGCGCGAGUCGGCCGCGAGCUCGCCGCCGCCGGGCGGGUCGCCGGCGCGCCUGCGCCCCCCGUCGCCCGGCGGCGGCGCGACGCCCGGCCGCGAGACGCCGCCGACGCCGGGGACGCCCGGGAGCCGCGGGAGCCAGCCCGACCGCGUCGAUCGGCACCCGUCGCGCGAGGAGUUCGACCACUACGACCCGCGGGGCGAGGUCGAGCUCUACGCCGCGGCGCCGGGCCUCGUCAUCUCGCCGCCGGCGGCCGCCGCGCCGUCGGGCGCCGCCGCGCGGCUCCGGGGCCUCGGCGCGCCGCCGCCGCCGCCGCGCGCGGCGACGCCGCCGCCGGUCCUCGAGGCGCUGCCGGAGGACGACGUCGAGAUCGAGGAGGGCGAGGGCGCGCCGACGUCGGCCGUGCCGACGUCGCCGCAGACCAUCAUCGCGCCGCCGCCGCGGCCCAAGGUCCGCGGCCUCGCGAGGAAGAAGGCCGCGCCCAAGGCCGCGGCCGUGCCGCCGGCCGCCGCGCCCGCCGCGCCGGCGCCGCGGCGCGACCCGCUCGGCGUGCCGACGGGCCAGGCGAGCCCGCUGACGUCGAAGAUCCCGCGGCGGGCCAGGCCCCGCGCGGUGCCGACGCUCCGGCCGCCGCCGCGGCCCGCGCGGCCGCCGGCCGCGGCCGCGGCGCGGCCCGAGCGGCGCGACUCCGUCGAGGAGGACCUGGACUUCGACAAGUUCGCGAGCUCCGACGAGGACGACGACGGUGGCCAGAUCCUCCUGCCGCGGCCGUCGUCCGACGAGCCCCUCGACCUCCGCGACUUCGCCCGCUUCGCGUCCGACGACUCCGACUUCGAGGACGAGAAGCACUCGCCGCCGGCGCCCAAGGUCUUCCGGUCCCUCGUCGGCCACCUCGAGAACGGCACGCCGCUCACGCCGGAGCGGCCCGCGAGUCGGCCCGCGCCCGGCAAGUUCGACUCGCCCGCGCUCACCGAGGACGACGAGGAGGCCGCGGGCACCUUCAACGUGCGCCUCGGGCGCCGCGGCGGCCGCGCGCCGACGGUGGACCUCCGGCACGUCACGCCCUAG